GUUGCCAAGGCAGCCACCAAUCUCCCCUCCCCCUUCACCCUCCGCUCCUCUUCUUUGCCGUGUUUUAUCGGCAGAGGUCGCAUGGCAGAGGGAAGUCCAUUCACUUCUAUACUGGAACCAAUGCAAGAAUAUGCACCUCCAUAACAAAGCCUGCAUGGAGCCCUGAGAGAAACGGGGAAAACUGCACAUCUGCGAAAACUCUCUCAGAUCAGACAGGAUCUAAGGAGGCUUGCAUUGUUUUAGCCACACGUGCCUAUGAAUGAAUUUGCACUCAGUCUGCGCUGCUUUGAGUGAGUGUUUGGCAUCAUCCUGGUGCGGGGCUCUGAGGAGGACUGCGCUCACCGGAGUUGGUGCCGAAGUUCGGCUGGGAACGGAUGUGAGGAAAUAGAGUACGGAGCACAACUUGCCCGUUAGUUUUCUUUCUUUUUCUUUUCUUUUCUUUUCUUUGGUCUCCCCCCCUUCCAUCUCUCUCGCUUUGACGUUCUUGCUGAGACAACAGUGAGCCAAAGACGCUGAAAGUGAUUAAUGCUUUCAGUUUCGUCCAACCUGAGAUGGAUGUGAGAUUUUAUCCUGCGCCCCCGGCAAACGUGGGCACAUGCUCCCUACCGACUGAUCCCGGUUGCCUGAGCUCGUUGGACUAUUACCACCCGAACAAGGCCCGAUACAGUGUGGCCGAACGAGGCGUUAGGCUCCACACUGCAGCCCCAUCAGGCUUCAGUUCAUCUAGGAAAAGACUGUCCAAUGCUGUGUUUGAUGCUGACAACAUGUACAUGAAUGACAGUAACCAAGAUUUUCGGAACCCAAACCAGAGCUUCUCCAGUCAGGGAAGAGGGAGUAAUGGUGGCAGUGGAGGAGGAGCUGGGGACGAAGACUAUGAGAUUCCUCCCAUCACACCCCCAAACCAUGCCGACCCCUCUCUGCUGCACCUCAUGGAGCACGAGUCCGGUUAUCCCUUCCAUUCUCUGCCUCACAAUGGUUUGCUUAACACCUACUCCUAUCCUGAGCUGCCUACUCUCAUGAUGUCCAAUAUGUUGGGUCAGGACACUCACCUCCUCUCUGGGCCUAUGCACUCAAUAAGCGGCGAGAAGCGACCCUCAGCAGAAAUGAUGAAGCCCAAGCCAAAACCUCAAAAGAAGAAGAAGAAGAAGGACCCCAAUGAGCCGCAGAAACCUGUGUCCGCGUACGCACUCUUCUUCAGAGACACACAGGCGGCCAUCAAAGGCCAAAACCCAAAUGCCACCUUCGGGGAUGUCUCCAAGAUUGUUGCUUCCAUGUGGGACGGCUUGGGAGAAGAACAGAAGCAGGGCUACAAGAGAAAAACUGAGGCAGCUAAGAAAGAGUACCUAAAAGCAUUGGCCACAUACCGAGCCAGUCUGGUUUCCAAGACAUACAAUGAUCCUGAACCAAAAAGUGCCCAACAGACUAGCCAACCCUCCCACCUGCUGUCCCCAAAGCAGCCCCUGUACAGUGUGCCCCCUCAGCCCUCUUCGCCCUACCUGGGCCCGACAGGCACCUUCCCGCUAUCGGACCUCCAGAGCUAUGGUGGGCCACCCCGUCACUCCCUGGCCCAGACCCUCAGCCAGUCCCAGAUGCUCCCUCCCAGCAUGAGUGCCUCUCCCCCGACACCCUUCCAGAUCAGCCCACCUCUGCACCCACAUGCUCAGCUGUCCCUGAACCAGAGCUCUCUACUCAAUCAGCCCAUCCGCAUGCAGCAGUCGCAGCCAAUCAUCUCACACCAAAUGGGGCUCCAGGCAUCUCUGCAUUCUCCUCCUCUUAGCCAACAGGGAUUCUCCCAUCUUCAGGCUGAUUACCAGAACAGCGUUGGGGGCUCACAGUCUCCAGGAGCUGCCAAUCCUGUUCAUGGCCAGAACCAUGACUGGGACAGUGAAUACUGCAACAGGGACUGUGGGCCCAACCAUUGCAGUGGCAUGGGAGCUCGGGACAAGCCUCUCUACCUCACUUGAAGUUCAAUGACCUCCACAUGUCAGACUCCAAGGAGCUUUCUAACAUAACAGCGGCAUCAUCAAUGUAUCUGCUUUUACAUGUUUUCUUUCUUUCUGAUGGAUUUUGAAAUCCCAAAGACUGCUUCUAUUACCUUCACCUACUUGCCAAGCACUUAGAUCGGACAGAAGCCUGAGGCUUUUCGUGAUCUCGCUUUUUUUCCUCCCUUAUCUGUGAACUUUUGUCCACCUUUUUUUGGUUUUAAGUGAAAAUGAGUGUUAAACUCAUGCCAGCAUACUGGAAAUGAAGACCAAAAUACAUUUCUUCUCAUUUUUGUAUGUUUUUUUUUUCUUUUUGCUCUAGUUCUCUCUCUAGGCCAUGGACUGCCCCUUACCUGGGAGGUUAAAAUGCUUAAAGCAUACUCAAAGUAGGACUUUUAUUGCAGGAAACUAGAAUUUAGUUGCCACUUCAAGGGUGGAUGCACUUCAGAAAAAUCUGAAACAUCUAAACUGAGAUAAAGAAAGGCAACAUUUCAAUGACGUUAUGAACAUGUAAGACUUUUGUACAUCAUCUUUCCUCUUAGUAAAAAAAAAAAGUCUCCCUUGUUUCCUGUAUUUAUCACAGAGUGAUUGUAAAUAUCACCAAAAUUGAUUAAUCUAAUGUGUGUAUUGAGCUGCAGUCCCUUGCCUUUUUCCGUAUCCUUUUUGUUUGAUUAUGUGAUUUCUGUGCAGGGGGAUUCAGUGAGGGAAAACACACACUAAAACGCGUGUUGAAACUAUGUUCACUGGUCUUGUAUCGCUCCAAAAGGAAAAGGAAAAUGCAGAGACCUAAAAGAAAAAGAAAAAUGCUGAACUUCCUCCUCAGCUGGCAGAGCUGUUACAGAGAGUGUCCCGCUCUUCACAAGGCCUCAGGACAUUGCAGAACUUUAGGGGGUUGCAGACUGACACCUUUUAGCUCCUUCUCCUACUCUUGGACAACAGUCACUCUAACCCACCCCAAAACCUCUUACCUGUAGCCCCGCCCUCAGACCCUUACACAACUUGCCACUUGUACAGGUGAAUAAAAAAAAGUUGCUAAAUGUGAAAUGUUACAAAAGAAAAAAAAAUAACAGUGAAUUUCAAAGCUUUUGACUAGUUUUAUUAGAUGUUUUAGCAUUGUGUUGAACUCAUCUUCAUCCCUUUUUGAAAGGAAAAAAAAAUCCUUUGUUUGUUUUGUUUUUUUCACUGUAGCGGGAUUUGUGUUUAAGACCUGAAUGAAGGAGUUAAAUAUUUUCAUUUUGUGUAUAAACCUGCCAAACACACCUCUUUAAUUUGUAAAGCCAGUAAUAAGAGAGCUCUGUUUUGUGUUUUACAAUCUGGUCUUUCUAUUUAAUUUGGUUGCAGGUUUUGCAGGUAUUUAUAAAUUAUAUAAAGAAACAGGCUUGUUUUCAUCAGGGUGCAUUGUUAUUAUUAUUAUUAUUAUUAAUAUUAUUAUUAUUAAUAUUAUUGCUGAUCCGACAGCCUUUUUCGCAGCAGUUGUUUAUGGUGCAUUUUCCACAUACUUGUACCAGCAUUAGAUUCAUUUUGUGUCACAAAUACUUAUUUUUGUUUUCCUUUGUCUGUAAUAAAAUGUUUAAAGUGGACAAA